CUCUUCUCCCCAUGACUUCCCCACCUGGGAGCACCCAUUUCGCUCUAUAAAAACCCUGGCCACUGCGGGAUGGGGUACGGAGAGCACUUGCUUCACCAGACUCGUGAGACCUCUCUAGAGAGACCCGACCAGCCCGCGAUGAAGCUCACCACCACGGCCCUGGUGUGCCUGCUGCUGGUGGGGACGUGGCUGCAGGAUGGGAACAGCUGGAGCCUGCACGUGCCGUCUUCCAAUUGUUGCUUCACGUUUGUAAGGAAAGCGAUUUCCCUGAAGAGCAUCCAGUGUUACAGAAACUCCAGUUCCUCCUGCUCCCACCAGGAUCGUCUAAUAUUCAAAUUGAAAGGAGGCAAGAAGAGCUGUGCCUUGAAGACAGACAAAUGGGUUACCGCUAUCUUACGGAAGAUAAAACCCUGCUUGCCGACGGAAAUGUGAUCCGGUUCCUUUCUACCCUGGACUCUGGAGGCCUCCUGGUUUCACCUGCCCCCACCCCCACCCCUCCACUCUCCACCUGUUCUGCGCCAACAUACUAGGCCACAGAGGGUCUGGUGGGUUGUCACACUUUACAUAUUUAAACUACAGAAUCCUUGAUUUCUGCCUCCCUGUGCCUCUCAGACCCCACAGGGAUCUCAGGUUGCAAAGGUGAUUGGCACUGAGGGUCUGGGGCCAGCGACUGGAGGGUGGGGGAGCAGGGGAGACAUGUUGCACCUGGUGCCCAGGGAACUGACUUCUUGUCAAUAAGAGUCAGUAAGUCAGAGGUGGGGAACAUCCGGCCUGUAGGCCUUAUAAGGCCCCUGAAAUCAUUGGGUCUGGCCCUGCCAAAGCAUUAGGGGUGAGUUAAUUAAAUGUUUGACCAAAUAUAGCAGGCUAAUUUGUUGAUAAUUUUGUGUGGCCGGAAAAUGAUGUUACAAAUAUACAAAUGGCCCUUGGCAGAAAAAAAAAACCUCCCCUCCCAUCCCCCCACCCCCCUUCCUGCAAUAAAUGAUUGACUCCUC